GUUGCCACGUAGCAAGUCAACCACAGCGUAGAACUACAAACUUCGUAGGAUGAUGUGGUAGAUAUAAGGUGACAAACACAGCAAGUUUAUGCAUACACUCCAGUACUGUUGUGUUCUGCUACUAUACACAGCUGGCUGUUCUGAGUCAGGUCUUUGUUGAUAUGGUUUUCCGCUUGCAAAGGUUGGUAUAUAUGGGCGUAUGAAUAGAUAUUCAUUAAGCACUAUCUGUCUCGUUCGUCACUCGAAAUAAGCUAUAGUGUUGUCUUGCGUUGUGUUAACUUGUCUACGACGAUAACGAGAUCUAAUGUAGCGUAGGUUCUUUCGAUAGAAUCAAGGACGAUCUACACCAUAGUUUGGAUAUGUAUUAUUUACACUAACACAAGCUCAAAAGCCAGUGCGAAAACUAUAUACAACAAAAGGUGAUUAUCAAAUUAUCCUGAAUGUCCCAGUUAUCCUAGUGCAAGUGUAAUUCUAUCCUAGUUCAAUUAACUAACCGUGUUCGAUAUAAGAUAUUAAUAAUGAACUGUUUAUAUUAGAAUGCGUGCAAGAUAUCUAUAAUGUUCAAAGUACUGUCAAUUCUCGACAUCCUCCAAGGGGCGCGAGAGUAUGGAUGUCCACUGUUUCAAUUUCUCCUUUGCCAAUCGUGCUUUUGCUCGAACAGGUCUGCUUGACGUUUGAUCUAUGACGUCAGCUGGGUGAGGAUUUGUUGAGGGAUUCUUUGCGUCUAGGUUUUCGUCAAUGGUGAUCUUUGGGUUCUCUGUUGUUGUGGAUUUAACUUCAAGUGGGUAAAGUUUAGUUACUGGUCUGUUCGUAUGUCCAGUACUUGUUUUGAUAUUUGCUGCCCGUACUAGUCCGUCUUUUCCCUUGAUUAAACUUUGUACAACAGCAAGUCUCCAGUUAACACGUUUCGUGUCAUCGUGUACUUGAACGACAUCACCAACACGUAUCUCGGUUGAAUUGUUUCCAGUGGUUUUAUGAAAUUCCCGUAAGCUCGUCAGAUAUUCUUGACGCCAACGUUUCCAAAAGUGUUGUAUUAGGUGUGUUCUCAAUUUUGCUUGGACAUCAAUGUUACUAGGUUCGGAUUCAUAGAUAGGAUCACGAAACUCGUCGUCUUCGUAAAGGGGGUGGGGUAAGGUGGUAAUUCUCCGGCCAUACAGUAGAUGGGAUGGUGUUAAUGGUUCUGUGUCGUCUAGUUCUGAUGAUACGUGGGUUAACGGGCGGUCAUUGGUCAGGAUUGCUUCCGUUUCGGAGGAAAUUGUUUGGAGCUCUUCUAAAGUGACAUUCGCCUUUCCGAGAACCUUUUUCAAGGAGUUUUUUGUCAGACCAAUUAAUCUUUCCCAGAAACCACCGUACCAUGGUGCUCGUUUUGGGAUAAAUUUCCACUGGAUUCCUCGUUUACUGAGAUUGGUUUCCAACUCUGUUGAAUUGAAUAGUAGGGUCAACUCUUCCGCGGCAGAUUGGUACGUUGAUGCAUUGUCUGACACCAUAAUUUUUGGUAAGGACUUGCGGCUUGCGAAUCUUCGAAAGGCAGACAUGAAGGUCGGAACAGUUAAAUUUGUGACUACUUCGAGGUGGACUGCGCGUGUGUUUGCACAGGUGAACAAGCAGAUGUAGACCUUUUCUUGUUCACGUGGCGUUUUGACGUAGAUGGCCCCGGUGAAGUCUACACCGGUGACGGUAAAUGGGUGGGAGUCAAUCAUUCUAUAGAAUGGAAGUGGAGGUGGGUCAGCUGGGGCAUUGAAUGGUGUUCCGAAGACCUUUCGACACGUUACACAUUUGCGAAGUAUUUUCUUGAUGUACUGGCGAGCUGUUGGAAUACAAUACUUCUGGCGUAUUUGUGUCAGGGUUUGGUUUAAUCCAGCGUGUUGUAGUUUCUCGUGUGCGUCGUUGACAACCAGCAAAGUGAAAUGGUGGUUUGGGGUUGCUGAAUGUUCCACUGGUGCAUUGUGAAUUCUGCCACCACAACGAAUGAUGUUGUCUUCCAGAGUAAACAGGCGAAGUUGACGUACAAGGGGUAGACGAGAGGUUUUCGGCUUUUGUAUGUUGGCAAGUUCGUUACCGUAGGCGUCGUUUUGGAUUUCCCGUAUCCAAACAUUUCUCGCGUUUCCAACUUCGUGGACCUUUAGUGGUUUUCCCUUACAUGCGUUGCCCUUUUGCAGGGUAUUAACGAAGCGAAGUACCCAUGCUGUAGUUCGCAGUAGUCGUUGAAGGUCACUGAAUUUGGUAGGUGGAAUAAUCUGGGUUAUGCUGGCGUUUGUAGAUGUGUCGGUGACUUCGGCAGUGACUUUGCUCGCUUCUUGAUCUUCGUCGAGGCAGGACUGCAGAAGAACGUUGUUAGGUUUCCAGUCUGGCCAGUGGUCGUGGUUGGUUAGCCAAGGUGGGCCAUGCGUCCACAAAUUAGACUUGGAAAGGUCGUCUGUCGAGAUUCCUCGUGUUACUGCUUCGUUGGUGGGAAGGGGGUCAUGGUUAGGUUUCCAUGGUAACUUUGCACAGUAUCGGCCAUUCACGAGUCGUAUUGAAGAAUCCUGAUAUUCCUUAUUAACAAACUUGUCUUCGUGGGUUGUUAUUUCGUCUGGAAGAAUCCCAAUAGAUUCUAGAUUCCAAAAUCGUUGUAAAGAUUUACUUUCGUGUUCGUUUGAAACAAUAACUUUCAAGAUGGUUGCAUUGAGUGAUGUUGUCGCAACAGCUGGCCCAGUUGUUGGUCCAGAAAGCAAGUAACCGAUUCUAGAUUUCGCUGCAGUGGGGCCCGGUCCCCUAACGAUUUCGUCUUCAACAACGUCCCAGUAGUGGUCCGCGCCAAUCAAGAGGGAUAUGUGGAAAUGAUCAUCAGUCGUCAUAGGGUGUGCAAGUUUCAAGCCGUUGAGGUGUGGGAGGUUUCCAAUUUCGGCGGUGGGGAAACUUUUCUGCGGAACUGCGAUUGUGGGAAUUAUCAAUACCUGUAAAGGAAUUUUUUCGCCAUCUUCGGUGUUGAGAUUAAUCGUAGCCAUGUCUACUUGUUUGAUAGAAGUCGAAGACCCGCCAAAGACUGAUAGAUUUAAGGUUUCACUUCCUUCAGGCGUAAGUUCGAGUUCGUCAGCUAAACUUUGAGUGAUAAAGGAACGUUGAGCACCUUCAUCAAAGAGAAUGUGUGCUGUCGCUAUUUUGUUCUGUGUUGCUAUCGUAUUAAUGGCAGUUUUGAGGAGUGUUUGUCUCCCAUAGUAGUCGUUGACUGACAGAGACGUGUGGACACGGUCUGGGGUUUUGUCGACGGGUGGAUUGGUUUUCGCGUUUUGAACUUGCGUCGUAAUAUUCGGUGCGUCGUUAUUCGGCGGAUGAUUUUUCCCGGUAUUUUUUGUCGCAUCUUUGUUCGUUUCAUUACAAAGACUCGUGUGGUGUUUCUUGUGACACCCUCGACAGCGAUUUCUCGAGUUACAAUCAGAUACGCGGUGAUUGUUCAAACAGUUAAAACAUAACUUCGCUUGGAAAACAAUAUUCUUACGGGCUGUGGGAUCCUUUACUACAGUACACUCGUUAGGGCGAUGAUGGCCCGAACAGAAAAUGCAUAAACUCUUGUUUGUAGGGCGAUUUUUAGGUGCGUAAAAUUCUUUUGCGUUGGCAUGGUUUCCAAACUUUCCGGAUGCGUUUGUCAGUAGACUCGAUGUUGAUGGCAGGGUGUUGACAGGUUUGCCUAAUUGACUAAUUUGACUGAAAGAGUCUGUUUCUUCCCCAGCUUCUAGUAUUUGAAUUUCUUUCAAAAUUGAUUUGCGUAAUUGUUCUACUGACCAUUUAGUUGAACCGUUCUCUCGAAUUAAGUUGUGCUUGAUUGUAGUGGGAAGUUUACCCAAAAUAAUGGGGAUUAAAAGGUCACCGUAGGUGUCUUGUUUCUUUCCUAACGCCUCGAGACCUCGAAUAUGAUUUUCCAUGCUAUCGUAAAAUUGGCGCAGGGUAGACACUGAAUUUGAAGGGCAUGGUAGAUCUAACAAGGCUUGCAUGUGUGCGUUAGUUAUCUUGUGGGGUUGACCAAAUCUCUGUUCCAAAAUUGCAAUACAUUGCGCAUAGUUUGACUCUGUAAGCGGUAAACCUUCGAUUGAUUGCGCGGCUUCACCUGACACUUGAGCUUUGAGAUAUGUAAUUUUUUGUAUGUCGCUUAGGCUGGAGUUUUCAUGUAUAGCGACCUUAUAAGAGUCCCAAAAGGUUUGCCAUUUUAACACGUUGCCGCUAAAUACUGGCAGUGCUAACUUUGGUAAUCUAUGACUAUUUGUAUUAUGCGAUUGUGGCGGCGUACUUUGAGUAGGAAAAACGUGUCCGUUUUGUGGUGUUGUGGUAGCCAUAGGGCUAGCUAACGAAUUACUAUGGAUUGUACUUUGAUUGAUAAAGAAUUCUAUGGUGUACCUCUUUUUAGUUAGUUCCGUUAAAUAGUCGUCGGCUUCAACGAUCUCCGUCUCUAAGCCCUUUUCGUCUUCGAUUAGAUCUGAUACAGUCUCAUCCAACUUUCGAAGUAAUUCGAUUUUCGCGUCGUACGUUGCCAGAAUGACCCGUAGUUUCUCAAUAUUAACUUCGUUCGUUUCACCGUUUAUGAGUAGUUCAGCUUCGUUCCAAAUUUUAGUUGCUUGUGCACGUUGAGCGCCACGUUUUAUCCUUGCGCGUUUUAGACCGUCCAUCCUGGUCACGGCACCAAUGUCUCGUUCGUCACUCGAAAUAAGCUAUAGUGUUGUCUUGCGUUGUGUUAACUUGUCUACGACGAUAACGAGAUCUAAUGUAGCGUAGGUUCUUUCGAUAGAAUCAAGGACGAUCUACACCAUAGUUUGAAUAUGUAUUAUUUACACUAACACAAGCUCAAAAGCCAGUGCGAAAACUAUAUACAACAAAAAAGGUGAUUAUCAAAUUAUCCUGAAUGUCCCAGUUAUCCUAGUGCAAGUGUAAUUCUAUCCUAGUUCAAUUAACUAACCGUGUUCGAUAUAAGAGAUUAAUAAUGAACUGUUUAUAUUAGAAUGCGUGCAAGAUAUCUAUAAUGUUCAAAGUACUUUCAAUUCUCGACACUAUCGUGUGGUACCUUGCAGAGUUAGAUAAUAAUGGUAAUUGCUUUCAUUCUAUGUAGUAGUCUUGUAUUUGGGGGCUUGGAUAUAUAGAAUUGAGGGAUUUAGUAUUUUAGUUCAAUUUUCAUGAUCCGAAAGCAUAGAAUAAAGAUCCAUAUAGAAGGGCCUCGCGCAUGUCGCAUUGCGCAUGUUGGCCGCCAUUUUCCUAGCCAGUCAAUGACAUUUUCUGGCCAAUAAACACGCUGUACUGGCUGGCUGCUCCGCCUUCUGGCCAGUAAACUGCAUAUUUUUGCAUAAAAAAAACGCGGACACGUUGCACCGCUGAGUGGCCCUUCUGUUACUGCUCUAUAUUCUGUGCCGAAAGUGUGGACAUUUCGAAAGUUCACCACAAUCUGCCGUCUUGCAACAGUAAAACCCGGAUGAAACGAGGAUGUAAGUUUACAGUCACGCGAUCUUGGUUAGCUCUUCGUAAUGCUUUCCCAACACUAUCAUGGAUUUAAGUUAAAACAUAGUUGGAACCAUGAAAGUUAAAAUAUAGUUGGAACACUCAUCAAACAUUUUGUAAAUGUAGAACUUAAAAUGUCCCCCGCAACAACACGUGACAGCCAACUAACAUCCACUGUCAUCCUUGUUUCACUGGGGCGUAGUUGCUACUUAGUCUGCCUCGCCUCGCAUGCAGGACGUCAGCGGAAAUCUGCCAGGCAGCCGGCUUUGAAUAUCGUAAAUGUGGGGCUUCACUGAAAACAUAAAUAUAUGACAAGCAUGAAAACAUGACAAGCGCGGUUAGGGCUGAAAGUAUAUAUAGAUUAUAGGACGGAGGGACGAUCCUUCGCGCGCGUCUAAAGAUAAGUCAAAUCUUUUUCUAUAAUCUAUAUAUUUUUCACGUAGCACUUGUAUAACUAUACAUCCUUCAAACAACUUGUUGAAUAUUUUCACGCCUGUUUUCAAUAGCUUUAUUGCCAUGGUGAUGUAGAAGGAAAACAGCUGCCAGUUGUAUUCAAACUCAGCGCCUCAUAUUUUCAGAACACAGCAUUUGAUAGGUUGAGAAAUAGUAAUGACAUGUAAAAUUGCCUUAAGGAGUUAAACACUAAACAAACAUAUACUGAGCUUUGAGUCAUCACUGUAGUUGGUGGACAUAUCUAUAUUUGUCAUUGUUAUCUUUUACUUCAUUUUAUUAUUCCAAUUGGGUACAUGUGUUUCCUACAGCGCUACAAUUCUGCGGAUGAAGGAAAAUUGAACUACUACAACACAUUGGAAGUAAAGAACCAAGAUAACUGUAAGUCAGUCAAUAAAAAUAAUAUUUGCAAUAGAAGCCAGUCAUUUUCUGUUAUUAUAUGUCUAGGCAAUAUUCCUUAUAAUCUCGGACGAUUUUCCUUGUCAAUGGAAUUCUCUAACGGUUAGGAGUUGAAGGAUCAAGGCCUCCGCUUGAAAGGCCAAAGAGUCUUUUGUCUUUUUCUAGGAAGGUCUGUAGUCUUUUUCAGGUAGUCCAGACACAAACCAACGAACCAUGGCAACUUAUUCUAGAAUACUAUCAAAAUUAGACCUCCACGUUUGGGAUAUCUUUUCAACGUUUCAUGCGGGAAGUUCAGACGCAAACCAUGUCAGCAAAAUACUAUACUUACACUGAAAUCCUCAUGCGUGAAUAUGUUUUCAGGUUAGGUAGAUCAGACACAAACCACGGCAGCGUACUGUAGAAUACUAUACCUGCACUCGACCACCACGUUUAAGAUAUCGUUUUCAGCCUAAGAAAUGGACGAAGGAAGAGAUGGAAGACAGGAGGCUGACAUCCAAGCUUAUGACAAACACUGGUUCACAAAGACAGAGAUAGCGUUACAAUACAGAUGCGAAAAAUGUGAAAAUAUAUUGAAAGAUCCGCAGCAGAUUGGUAUAUGUGGACAUCAGUUUUGUCGUUCGUGUCUGUCUGAAGAAGUGAAGUAAGUCAUGAUCUUAUAUUGCCUCAUUCGUGACUAAACACUAUCGUGCAGCAGAUGGUAGUCAACCUCCAGUUAUUAGAGUGUUUUUGUCUUCUCCAUUUAAUGAUUUCUCCUAAUCAAGCUACACUAGACAUUUAUUUACAGAUAUGCGCAAUAUUUGAAUAUAUUAUUACAAUCAAAGCCUCAAACAGCUGGCACAGUCAAAAUAAUGCAGGUGCUCAGACCAAGCCAUGAGUGAACUGGAAAUAAACAUGAAAAUUUUGAUGUUUCUUGAAAUGUUUUCCUGGUUUGUCCGCUAUAGAAAAACAGAGCUAGAAAGCAAUGUUCUCGUCUUAAUCCACAUUCAGGAAACAUAGAAAUUAAAUAGUUUCCUGUUUUGGCUGCCAUGUACUAAUGAGUAAGAGACAAUGUUUGUUCACAUGUUUAAAGUUACCUGCAACUGCCUAUUUUGUUUCAGAAAAUGUCCAUCAUGCGACAGAGACGUGAAACCGAACGAGAUUUUCCCAGACAAGGCAGCCAGAAGAAAGAUCCUUGCAUUCGAGAUGAAAUGUCCUGCCAAGCAAUGCAGAUGGAAGGGACAGUUGGAAACUUUUAUAGAGGCAAGUUUGUAACGCCCGUGAUGACGUCAUUAUGAUAUCAUGAUGACAUCACCAUGACGUCAUGAUGACGUCAUGAUGACGUCACAAUCACGUCACCAAUGACACCAUACACAUACUUAAUCUAUGACCAUAAACAUGGUGGAGUGAAAUUCAACCAAAAACGUUGGUAUUGAAGGCUGGGUACAGUAUGUUUCAUGAAGCACUAUGCAGAUCAGAAAAUAAUGUUAUUUUAGGAAAUAAUUUUAAUUAUAUGUAGUAUAAUUGUAUAUAUAGUUUUAUUUUGCUCAACGUUUCUAAAGACGACCACAUCUCCUGCCCCAUAAUGAACCUUCAUUUUUUCUGUUUUCACUUCAGCAACACAAGAAUGAGUGUCCAUCACAUCCUGUGGAAUGCAGCAACGAAGCUUGCGAGGAGUUAGUAAGCAGAGAUGAGCUGGAGAAACACUUGAGGGAAGAAUGCCAAUACAGGGAAAUUGAUUGCCAACAUUGUGAAAAUCCUAUAACAAUUGCGAAUGAGAAAGUAAGGCACAGUGGCCUUAAACUUCUGGAGAAAUUGUUCUCUUUUGUAGAAAAUACCAUUGUUUAUUUGGCGGAGCUUUCGAUUAAUGGACCUAUAGAUCACUACCAUUAUUUUUUAACAAAUCAAUCAUUUGUAUCAUCAUCAAACGUGUUACUGGAGUAGGCCUAUAUAGUGACGUUUGUGUGUUUUAUCUUUAAGACUCAUUAUGACAAAGAUUGCCAACGAAUUCCUGUCGAAUGUCCACAGGAAUGUAGGAAUGAAUUCCCGAGAGAAGAGGUAUGAAAGAGUUGUAUUUAAAAUAUAGAAUGAUUAUAAUAAAAUGGAAUGGAAUAUUGAUACAUAGAUAAAUUAGAAUGAGUUUACAUGAUAAAAAAGUAUGAAUAUAUAGAAUUAGAAUGAGUUGUUUUCGUGUUAUAUAGGUACAACGUCACGUCGAUGAAGAAUGUGAAAAGACAUUGAUUGAUUGCACAUUCAAAGCUGUGGGCUGCGAGGCCAAGGUAGGAAAGUUUUGGUGAACGUGCAGUUAUGAGAGAAAAUAAUGUUCAUUCUUGUCAUCAUGCAUUGCCAAAUAAAUUGAGAGAUACUUGCUGUUGUCAUUUGCUUGCAGAAGUAGACCUAGAAAGUGUUCCUCGGGAUGGCUCGGAUCCUGAAUUUUUUUUUUCAAAUGUUCCUCAAAAGUGCGAGAAAAAAACAAUGAAUAGUUUAACCGUACACAUGUAUGCAACAACAAAGUAUACUAGACUGUAUUUAUGUUACAUGUCUCAAAUGACAAUAUGGAAGUAUGAUUUAAUGAUUGCUUAAGACUCUUCCAUAACGUAUGUGUGAAACAUUGAAAAUAUCCCUCCAUCUUCUUGCUAAGACAAAUGUUCCUGAGGAUCCCCAGCCACUUUUUUCCAAGUCUGAGCAUACGUGCCAAUAGUUCUUAAGUUGGCCAGCACUGCUUGUAACGCUUAGUGAAGUACAUCUCGUGUGUGUUAAGGUUGAACGUGGAAACUUGCGAGACCAUGAAGUCGACAUGGUGCAUGAACAUCUCUCUCAAGCCGUGCAUGUCAUCAACAACCUCGGACAAGAGAAACAAGAAAUGUGUGAAGAAAUCAGACAGCUUCAAGACAGAAACGACAACCUAACACAGGAACUUCAUGAUUUCAACGAACAAGAAGAAGCUCGCAUCAAUACAAUCGACUCUGACUUGCAGGAAUUUAAAGAACAAGGCACGCUCCGAUUGGAUGGUGUCCAAAGAGCGACCGAACAAAAUUUUGAGACUGCGAUACAAACUGUUCAACAAAAUGGCGAAUUCCAGGAAACAUUGUUGCGUAUGCAACAAGACUUAGGACAUCUGAGAUAUAUAAUAAUUCCUGAAAUUCAAGCCACGUGUGUUUCGCAUAAAGCUGGCAAUAAGAAGUUAGCUGAAAGUCAAGAUAGAUUACAAAAGAUGAUAAUAGCUGUUCAUAAUAAGUUGAAAAGCGCCAUUGAGAGUCUGCGAGACGAGAUGGAUGCUGGACUGGAUACUUUACGCAAGGCGCACGAAGAGGAGCGUGCAGCGCGGUUGGAACACGAAGCGGGGACUGCGGAGGAGAUUUCAAGACUCCACCAAGAUAUUUCUGAGAAUCGCAGGAAGUUCGAGAAGGUCGAGGUGGCUUUGACCAUCACUCAAGACGAAAUGAAGGAGGGGUUUUCAGAACAUCGUAAACAAAUGCAGUUGGAUUACGAUAAUGUAUCUCGUAUGAUAAAAAAAGAGAGACAAUCUCGAGAGAACGACUUUGUUCAACUCAGUGAAGACAUCUCACAAAUGAACUCUAUAAACACUGGAGUGUUUAUAUGGCGAGUCAACAAUGUUGAUGGAAAAUUGGAAUCAGUUCAAAGCAAAGCUAAACCACUAUAUGGUCAAGCAUUUUACACGGAGCCGUAUGGUUAUCUCCUGCAACCAAAACUCUUCUUUGACGGAGCACGGCUCAAUGAUCAAGGCUAUAUAUCCCUCUUUAUCCAAAUCGUACAAGGUCCCUUCGAUGCGAUCCUCAAAUGGCCAUUUGGGAAACGCAUCCGUUUCUCUCUCAUAGAGCAGGAGAGUAAGAGGCUCAAAAGGGAUAUUGAAAAGGUUCUCAUACCGGCCGCCGACGCCGACGAGUUACGAAGACCUUCCGACGAUGCGAAUAACGGGUUCGGGAUUUAUAAAUUCGUAUCUCAUGAGGUGUUGCGGGCUGGGAGGUACAUAGUUGAUGACGUCAUGUUUAUCAAGAUAGAAGUUCUUGAAGAAAUUGAACAGAAUGGACACUCAGAAACAAUGUAGCACCGUUGCACUAGACUUCGUUCACACCUGCAUGAUACAAUGAAUGACGAACCGCGUUCAACUUUGCAUCAUUUUGCAUCUGAAGUUCACGCAGGAUGCGUAAAAGUGGAUGAUUUUGAGCGCAGUUAACUGAUAUUAGAACUUUAGUCUAGUAUAGUUGUAGGGCCAAGAUUUAGAAUCUGAUGCGAGCAUUUGAAAUAAAAGCUAUUGUAAGAAUUUAUGGGCAACAGACGUUGUAUAAAACAUUCACUGAAUGCUUUAUUUAGUACAUUUUUAUAAAUAUAGCCUAUCUUGUAAUUUGUAAUUUUCCGAAAAUAAAUACUGUCCCUAUACAAUAAAAAUACUAUAUUACUUAAAUUAGAUGUAUAUAUAUAUAUUAUGCGUUUAUAUUUUUUGAGUGGUUCAGACAAAGACUACGACAGAUGCAAUAUUGUAGGAUAUUACCCACACUGGAUCCGCGCGUUUGAAGUAUACCACUGGUGUAUUCAGGUUUCGUACCUGCUCUUGUGUAGGCGAUGUCGUCCAGGUAAAUAUAUCUUCAGGUGUCAUUCUCUGUACAUCCAACCUCAACAAAAGUUUCAUCAAGAAGUGCAAAACAUUGAUUACACAUGCGCACUGGAUCUGAGUAGCCAAGUUGUUCAAGU